AUGAUUUCUGAUAUUUUGCAAGACUGGGGCAGUAAGAAUCUGGGGACUCCAGUUGCAGUUGGUGUUGGCUUGACUUGCGAAGUCACCUCCAUCCAAAGUGUACACCUUUACCAGCUCACGUUUGCCAAACAAACACUCUACACUCAGCCGAUCCUCGACCAACACAGACUCUCCGCCCACAUCCUCCGCCCCUCCGCCGCCGCCGAGCCCAAGGAACUCGAGCACAGACUCUGCUCGUGCGAGCCCGCCGAGAUCCUUGACACCUGCCAGCGCACCCAGGUCGUCGCCCCCUGUCCACCCCCUCCCAUCCCCAACCCGGCACAGGCUACCGAGGGACAGCUCGCCGACCAGAACAGGCUCCUCCGCGCCCAGCUCCACCUUGAUCUCUAUCUGCAGAAGCUGGGCUCGGUGCACAAGCAGAACAUCGGCGCCGCGGGGCUGGAAGCCGAGAACCAGAACCUCGUCCGUCCCCCCCCCCCCUUUCCCUCCCUCCCACACACUGAUACUAACGAAUUUUUGGAGAUGGCGUCAACCCGAUUCACGUCAACCCCCUCAGGCAUCGAUCGGUCAAGCGAAGCGAGCAUCUCAACCGUCAUGUUCGCAGCAUCCACACAAACGAUAAACCCUACAACUGCCAGAUUGGUAGUAAAUCGUUCAGCAGACAUGACAAUCUCAACCAACAUUUAA